GUUCAUAUUGUUGACAUUUCCACUCUGCUUUCUACUGUUAAAUCAUACACCAGAUCAACAUAAAAUAAAAAAUCAACUCAAUUUUAAAUGGUUUGUGAUAUCGGAGAACUUGUUGACUCAAUUAAGUCAAUCAUCAACAAAAAAUUCCCAUCUUUUGAUACAUUUCAAGAUGGGCUUCCACACUCAGAAAUUAGAAAGUUUGAGUCAGAAUACCAAAUAAAGCUUCCCGAUGAAGUUGUAUCUUACUUACAGCUUGUCAAUGGUGAAACUCCUUAUGAUAAAGAAAAUUUAUUUCAAUUAGGCGUCUUUCUUGGUCUUGAAAUGUUAAGCUUAGACGAAAUAAAAAGGGAAAUGAAUGUUUGGAAAGAAGUUGUUCGUGAUAACCCUGAUUUUGCAGACGAUAAAUAUGAGUCUACCCCGGAGGGUGCUGUGAAAGAGGUCUAUUGUGAGCCUAACUUUUGGGUUGGGUUAGCAAUUGAUGGUUGUGGUAACAGUUUUGGUGUUGAUUUAAGUCCCGAGCCAAAUGGGAACUAUGGUCAAGUGAUAAUCUGGGGAAGAGAUUAUAUUGAUGAAAGAAUUGUUAUCUUUUCCAAUUGGGCAGAGUUUUUGAAACAAGUAAUCAAUGACUUAAAUAGAGAUGGUGAGUUUUAUAAGAUUGAGGACAAUAGUUUUGAAUUUUUGGAUGAACAAGUUGGAAACUAUAUGGACUACCUGUUCGAAAAAAAGUUGAAAGAAUACCGCAAUAAGUGAAUUACCCCCUUUUAUGAAACAAUAUGUAUUAUUUUAUGUUCUCAAGACCUCAACAGACAUAUACUACAGUGAAAUAUAUUG